AUGGAAGAUAAUCCUUCAGCCAAGAAAUCCUUGGCUAACUGGUGGAAAUCUUUCCAGCGGAGCGCACAGUCAAACAAGGUGCCACAGGAUGACGAGAGACCAAGAAUAAGAUUCAGAUCCAGAUCGUCUACUGCAAUUAAGACCAACUCAGAUUAUAAACAACACAUCGAUGACUUUUUCACAAAGCGGAAGGAACGGGAUAAUUACUUAACCAAAGGUGGCGUUGGCGAUAACCUUGUCUUUAACGUAACAUUGGAAUCUUCGUUGGAGAUUACAAGUGCCAAAGUGGCCCUUUGUACAGACAUAAAUACAAGCGUGACAUAUGGACGUAUCCCCACUCUGGUCGUUUGUUGUGGCUUAUUUCUCAAACAACAGGGGUUGGAUAAACCAGGAAUCUUCAGAAUGCCUGGUGCCGCAAGACGGGUGAGGGAAUUACAGGUUCUUUUCUCUUCUCCCCCGACCUAUGGUGCAAAGUUUGAUUGGAACGGAUAUACAGUACACGAUGCCGCUUCCAUAUUGAGGCGGUAUCUGACCUCACUAUCAGAGCCACUUAUUCCUCUGGAUUUGUAUGAGGCCUUUAGAAGUCCCAUUUUGAAUCGUCCAUUGAUUGUGAAAUAUUUCAAGAAGAAAGAGCAAAGGAGAAUAGAACGUGACAAAAUAAUGAAACAGAAGGAGGGAGACGAGCCAAGGGCUACUAGGAAUGCACAAAACAAUCAGGACAAUGAUGACGAGACUCCGGAGAAUAUGGACGCUCCUCUGGGAACGGAAGAUGUUGAAGAUCACUUUGUAGAUGCCUCAGAAGAGAUAGUACCCGAUGGACAACAAAAACAAAAAAGAAAGAAGCAUAAACAGAAACUAAUCAAAGAGAUUCAUGGAGCCCUAGCCGAAUAUGUGGAUCUUUUCAGCCAACUUUCAUUACCAUCACGCCAGUUAAUCUAUUAUUUGGUUGACCUGCUACAGAUGGUCUCUACUCACUCGUCUACAAACUUGAUGUCAGUCAGAAACUUGGCAUCCAUUUUCCAACCGUCUUUGCUAUUUCACCCGAAGCACGAUCUAGAACCAGAGCAGUACAUCCUCUCACAGGCGGUAGUGGAGUUUUGGAUUGAGUACAGUGACCGCAUACUACGUGCAAGUACACUGUUGGAAAGUCAGACCACAAAAAAGCAAAAACCACCGCCAAUAGCCAGGUCAAGUUUGCCCCCAGUGACCCAACCAGAAGCAAAGCGCAAUUCUCUGUCGAGUUUCUUGAACCUGAGCUACUCUGGAAGAAGGAAACACAGUAAGUCCAUGUCAUCCGCUGUUUCUCCUCCAGAUGUCAUAUCCAAUUUGAAGCAUUCAAAUCUUUCAGGAGCAUCCUUGGAGCACACGACAUCUUUUUCCUCUGAUUAUACUCAUCCUGGCCAGGCUCCUAGUAGCGUGUCUGACAACCCUCCCUCCAGUGUUUCUAACAACCCACAAUCUGCUUCACUCCAAACCAAACCUCCCAACAUAAUGAUAUCAUCUGAGUAG